UGCGUGCCGUUAUCUUGUGUGAGUGUCAGUUCGCUCUCGCGCGCGACGCAGCAUUGUUGUUUGCAGUAGAGUUGCGGAGCCCGACCGGUCGUGGUUUGUUUCACGCUCGACCAAAACUACCGGCGAUAAACAAAAUAAUGAGUGUACAUUACGUGCAUCGCGAGUGCAAGCGACAACAGUGUGUGAUAACAAGAAUGUAACGUGCGUGUUGUGUUAAACGGAGUGCGUUUUUGAACGUGUUUUUUGGUGUUCGGCGCGUGAACGCCAUGACCGUCGUGUUUAGAUACAAUUCGAAAGAUACGCGAAGUAACAAUUUAAGCUCAACCUGACAACUCAUCUGUGAUCUAACAAACGCUAGUAUCAGUGUAAGUGACAUUAACGACCGAUGUGCAUAGCAACCCGGCUCGAAGGACCAAAACGGAAAAUGUAUUAACCGGUCAUGGAUGACAGAUAGUGUGUGUUGUGAAAGGAUGGGAUAAUGGGAGUUGGGUUGGGAUCUUGAAAAUGCCGCAUGCGCACUCGAGUUCUGCUGCGAGCUCGGGCGGCGACGACCUGGGCUCCACGGAUGAAGUUAAGGUCUUCAAGGACGAGGGAGACGGAGAGGACGAGAAGAGGAGCUCGGAGAACUUGCUAGAGGAGAAGUCUAGUCUGAUCGAUUGGACUGAAAGUGAGGAAAAGUCCGGAGAGCCUUAUUCGGGGAAAUUGUCCGUUAAAUCGGAUCUCAGUCCAGUUUUUGGUAAAUUUGAACCACACCCAGCCGCCGGUUUCAACAUGGGUUACCUCAUGGCGCCUUACCCCUACCCCAACGGUGGAGCCCACCCGCUGCCCGUCUCUAUGGCGGGCAAGAUGGGUCUACCAGCGGGUGGUAGCCUCUCGUUAUUUUGCCCCGGUGGUGACCUUGGUCAACCCCCACCAGCGCACAUGGGCAUCCCCCCUCCUUAUCAGCUAGACUCUAAAUUGGCGGCGGGUCUAGCGCGGACACCCAUGUACCCCUUCCCCGGGGGCACCUACCCUUACCCCAUGCUCAGCCCGGAGAUGUCGCAGGUUGCUGCCUCGUGGCACACUCCUAGCAUGUACCCAAUAUCUUCGGCGGCAAGUGGUUUCCGGAGUCCGUACCCCACGUCGCUACCAAUCAGCACAUCUAGUCUAUCAAGUGAAUUAUACCGGUUUUCGCCGACACUGGGCGGGGGCUUGGGGCUCGGACUGGGCCCCGCGCUCGUGCCCCCGCCCCCCUCCAAGUCUGACCUGUUCACACACCAUUCAAGGUCGCAAGAGAAAAGCAGUAACUCCAGCGAGAAGCCGUCAGAUGCCUCCAGCGGCUCCAACAAGGAGCAGAACAAGAAGCCCCACAUAAAGAAGCCCCUAAACGCUUUCAUGCUGUACAUGAAGGAGAUGCGGGCGAAGGUGGUGGCGGAGUGCACGCUCAAGGAGUCAGCUGCCAUCAACCAGAUACUUGGAAGACGGUGGCAUUCCUUGAGUCGUGAGGAGCAGGCAAAGUACUAUGAGAAAGCGAGACAAGAGAGGCAGCUCCAUAUGCAGCUGUACCCCGGCUGGAGCGCCCGGGACAACUACGGUUACGGUUCCAAAAAGAAAAAACGGAAAAAGGACCGCGGUCCCGCUGAACUGGGAGGAAAUAACUUGAAGAAAUGUCGAGCGAGAUACGGUCUCGAUCAACAAAACCAAUGGUGUAAACCCUGCAGGCGGAAGAAGAAGUGCGUCCGCUACAUGGAGGCGCUGGCGGCGGCGGGCGGCGCGGCGCUGCCGCUGGCGACGCCGCAGUCGCCCUGCUCUGAGGAGGACGUGAAGCUGGAGGAGCUCUCCGACGCGUCCAGCGACGAGGCCGACACGCCGCUCAACUCCGCGUCCAGCCCGGGCGGGCUUAGCGCGCUGUCCUCGCUGGCCUCCCCCGCCUCCGACCCGCCGCCCCCGCCCCGCAACCCCGUCGGGACCAACCCCCGCGACGCCAACAACCCCCUCUCCGUCAACCAGCUCACCUCCCAGUCGUGGCCGCGCGCGGCGCAGGCGCGGCCCGGCCAUGAGGUGAUAUCGGUGUCGUAGUGCGAGCGUCCGCCGCCGGCCGCCGCCCGCGCGCGACUGACCGCGGCGCGACGCGCGCUCCCAACCCCAACUCGGCUGACUACCCUCGUGUACUCGGUGAUGACUUCGAUGCGCCAGCGCCGUACAUACGAGUGUCGCACUUGUGCUCGUCACCGGAUCGAAGCUGUAACCGAGUACAGGUUGAUUAUUUGGACUGCCAAUAGAACAGCCACAGUAGGUCGUGCAGUGUUGUGUUUAGCGCUAUCCGUCGACUCGGGCCGGAACUAGGUCGUGUUGGUUGUGAUACAUGGUACCGAGAAAACGAUAAACUCUGGUUUCAGCGGUAUUCAAAGGUUAUAAUCGGGUGCUAAUCUAAGCGGGUGACAUGAUUUUUAGAAAUACCGAUAUGUGAGUGCAUAUAAUUCUAUUUUUAUUUUGACACUGCUUAGAAAUCUGUUCGUACGCGAGUGUGCAACUUUUUCUGUUAAACGAUAGUAGAGAUUUGUGAGCUUCUGUGGCCUAAUAAAACCCGACCAGAUGUGCGGUAUUUCUAAAGACCAACCCGUUCCGUAAGCGAAAUAUGUACAUUAUUAUAAUCUUGUAUUUGACAAAUUAAUGUAAAUUUUAUCUAAACAAAUUUACCACAUGUUAGUCCCGAUAACAGUCAUUUCAACUGAUCUCAGAUUUGUAAGCACUUUGAAGUAAUUUUUUUUCUUGUUCCGAACUCAGCGAGUCUAGCGGGUGUCAUGUUUGACUAGUCACAAAUACUUGUGCCAUCGACUGGCGGGUGAAACGCGAAAGCAAAGUUGGACUCGUGAGCGGGAAUUUAUUUAAGUCACUACCAUAUUAAACUUUUUGACGUAAAAACUAUCGCACAAGGAGUCAAAUCGUUGAAAUUAACUGUUCAUAGACAAUGUGUUAUUCAUUUAGAAGGAAGUUUUUUUUUUAUUCGUUUCGUUACUCUUAUAAUGUUCUUAGUAUAUUUUUUAUUUUAUUAUAUUCGCUUGUAUUUACGUUUACAUACUGUGUUUAAUUACGGUGGUUUUGUUAGUUAACUUCGUGCUGAUGUUUAGUUAUUUUGACACAUUAUCUGUGGACAGACGGCGUUUCGCGCCAUUUUCGCUCUCUCACAGAUUAUAUACAUAAUCCUAUCUAACCUCAACGGCCUGCACUAGAAGGUUCCAUUUAGAUUUAGCGUUUAGUUUAUUUGUCCUUCGCCGUGAGCGCGUGUAUCAUAGUAUUUUAAGGCAACGCGAAGGGCUUUUGUUUUUCCGUUGUGCGGAAUCGUUAGACUGUCUUAGGUUAGAAUAGGCACGUUGUAUGAGUGAUCCAUGAUAUUUCGGAGAAAUUCCUCUUUUAUAUAAUUGCAUUUAUUAUAAACUAAAGUCGGGUCAGUAGUUGUCGCGUUUGCUAAUUUAUGGAAUGACAUUGCACUCAGGUAAUGAAAUUAAUGAAAUUCAACACGUAAAAAUGAUGAUAUUUGAAUGAUGUAAUUGUAUCUGUAUUUAUAAAAGAGUAAUUUUUGCCAAAUAUCUCUGUAUAUGUGUAAGUACAUGAUGUAACUGUAUAAAGCGUAGGUUAAUCUAACUGUGUCAUAUUAGACCUAAGUGUACUAUUCUACUUACAUAUUCGUAUACAUACACUAUUGCUAUGUAAGCAAAGGAAAUUUAAAAAAAUAUUAGUUCAAUACCAACUCAAUAAGUCACCCUGCAUAUCCUGUGUAUACCUUGUUUUAAACAGAGCUAAUGUAAAUAAUUUGUAAUUCGCAGUUAGAGAUUCUUUGGCGAAGAAAUUGCAUUUACUAUUAUAUUAUGUGAAAAUUGUGCCCACGGAAUGAUUGUUUUGUCCAGCGACUUUUUGUUAAUUACUUUUUUUAUUGUUAUUAUUAAGAAUUUUAACGUUGUUGACGGCAAUAUCUAACAGACUAGAACGAAUCGUGAUCUUGUGAUUGAAAUAUCUAUAGACUUACGAAAAUAUAUUAUCAUUGACUAAAUUGACUACAGGAUAUCAUUGUUUUACAUUGGAUCGGGAAUCGGGAGUAUGAUUUUGCAUGAAUAUGAUGUGCAAUAUUGGAGUUUUAUGGGUACUGUAUAUUUUUUUAAUGUAAUGUAGCUUUUCCUGUAAAAGUACGUUUUAAGUUUUUAUAAUUGAAAUUAUAUGGAUUUUCGGAUAUUAUAUGUGAAAAAGAAAUUUUAUUUUGGUUUUAUAGAAACGUGGUGCGAAAUGUGCCAAAACCAUCUGCAGUUUUAUAGAUCGAGAGAAUCGACAGGAAAUUUUGUAUUUGUGCCAAAUUUAAGAAAUGGGCGUCUCGUCGCCUGAUACCUCUUCUUAAAGGUCUUUAUGUUGAUAGAUUUUAUAGGUUGUUUUUAUUGUUAAGAUGGUAAAGACAGACGGCAUGGAGCCGAUUAUUAUUAUUUUUCGUAGGGAAAAUUUGUCAAAUUAGAAAACUCAAUUAUUAGGUCUGGACCCAUGUCUUGUGUUCAGUUGAACGAAUAUUAUUUUAAUAAACAAUAUAAAAUUGUA